UUCGCCUUCUCAAUUCCACCUCACUCUUUUACAGUUUUGUGUACAAAUGGCGCAGAGGUUGUCAAAGGUAUGCGCUCUAAUUUCGAAUGUGGUUGGCGCAACAGCAGCAACCGCCCUGGUUUCGACCUCGACGGUUCUGGCCGAAGCCGGCAACAACAACAACAACAACAAAAAGUCCAUUUAUGAUACUGAGCAGCGCGAGAUCCCGACGCAGACCUUGGAGCCAACUCGUCUGACCGCGCUCCUUCGCGAGACUCGCGAGGAAGCCGCCCAUUACUUGUCGAUGGCGAAGACGCACGGGCAGAUCGUGGUAGACCGGUGGAUCGAUACGGAGAAGCGCUUCGCGGCGCUGGUGAAGCGCACGGUGCCUGAGGGCGAGAAGCUGGCGCCGGGCAUUAUCUACGUGGGCCGCAACUUUGCUGUGCGGUACAUGAGCCCGCUGCUGUUUGGCACUGCUGCUGGGUUCUACUUUUUGCCAGGCACGUCUAACGUCAUUCUGCGGAAUGUGUGGGGACGGUACGGUGAUCCGACAACUAUCGAUAAGGUGAAGCAGCAGUGGGAGGACGUGAAGCAGGCGCAGAGGGAUGCGCGCGGAAAGGUCACCGAGGCUGUGCAGGAGCUGAGGAUGUCGCUGCAGGAGGGCCGUGGAUAUGCGGCCAAGACGGCCAAGGAGAUUGCCGACAAGACGCCCGAGCCCGUGAAGCAGGUGGUCGAGGACGUCCAGAAGAAGGCGGUCGAGGUUACCAAGGAUAUCAGCGCCAAGGUCGCCGACAAGAAGGACCAGAUCGUCGAGGCGGUCAAGGACAAGGCUGCGUCGCUCCCGAUCGGCUUCACCGACAAUUCGUCAAAGUAGAAUCUGCCACAUACCAAUAUACCACCACUCCCACCCC